UGCGGCGGCGCUGCCGCCGGCCCUAGGCCCCUCCUCCAUGAGAGGGGAGGCAGGGCGGGCAAACAUGGCGGCGGUGAGUUAGAAAGCGUCGGACGGCGGGGCUGGCGGCGGAUACUUCCAGGAGCGGCCGUGGAGGGAUCGAGAGCGAUGUAUGGUAGCAACUGGAGGUGGAGAGGGAAAAUGUUUGCAUGGAAGCUACAGCAAGGAUUUUAGUGUUAAAGGAGAUGGUGGAGCCAGGACAAGAUCUGUUGCUUGCUGCUUUGAGUGAGAGUGGAAUCAGUCCAAAUGAUCUAUUUGAUAUUGACCCUGCGGACAUGGGCCUUGCAACCCCAGCACCAGCGCCAGCUGUUCAGCAGUCAGUGCCACUUAGUGCAUUAGAACUAGGCUUGGAGACUGAGGCAACAGUUGCUGUUAAACAAGAACCAGAGACUGUAUCUACUCCAGCACUAUUAAAUGUCAGGCAGCCACCAUCAACCACAACCUUUGUGCUGAAUCAAAUAAAUCAGCUUCCAACUUUGGGGACUACAAUAGUAAUGACAAAAACCACACCUGUGACAACUACUAGGCAGACCAUCACUGUAGCAAAAAUCAUUCAGACCAGCACAACGACUCGACCAUCGGUUGCAGCACCAGCAGUACGCAAUGCCUUGACCACUGCACCUUCAAAGGACCAGGUCCAGCUGAAAGAUCUGCUCAAAAACAAUAGUCUUAAUGAACUAAUGAAAUUGAAGCCACCUCCGAACAUUGCCCAGCCAGUUGCAACAGCAGCUACUGAUCUAAGCAAUGGUGCUGUAAAGAAGGAGGCAUCUACAAAAGAAGUAACAAGAAUAUGGGUAAAUGAUGUAAAAAUGAGAAGUUAUUCACCUACUAUGAAAGUGCCAGUAAUAAAAGAGGAAGAGGAACCUGAGGAGGAGGAUGAAGAAGAAAUGGGUCAUGCAGAGACAUAUGCAGAGUAUAUGCCAAUAAAAUUAAAAAUUGGUCUACGUCAUCCUGAUCCAGUAGUCGAAACAAGUUCGUUAUCCAGUGUAACCCCUCCUGAAGUAUGGUAUCAGACAUCAAUAUCUGAAGAAAGUAUUGAUAAUGGUUGGCUGUCGGCAUUGCAACUUGAAGCAAUUACUUAUGCAGCUCAGCAACAUGAAACAUUCCUGCCUAAUGGAGACAGAGCUGGAUUCUUGAUAGGUGAUGGUGCUGGUGUAGGAAAAGGAAGAACCAUAGCUGGAAUAAUCUAUGAAAAUUAUCUGUUGGGUAGAAAAAGAGCUGUAUGGUUUAGUGUGUCAAAUGAUCUGAAAUAUGAUGCUGAAAGAGACUUGAGGGACAUUGGAGCAAAAAAUAUUUUGGUUCAUUCAUUAAACAAGUUCAAAUAUGGAAAAAUUUCUUCCAAACAUAAUGGGAGUGUAAAGAAAGGUGUAAUUUUUGCCACAUACUCUUCUCUUAUUGGUGAAAGUCAAUCUGGUGGUAAAUACAAAACCAGGUUAAAGCAGCUUCUCCACUGGUGUGGCGAUGACUUUGAUGGAGUUAUAGUAUUUGAUGAAUGUCACAAAGCUAAGAAUCUGUGUCCUGUUGGUUCUUCAAAACCAACAAAGACAGGCUUAGCUGUAUUGGAGCUUCAGAAUAAACUUCCGAAGGCUAGAGUUGUUUAUGCUAGUGCCACAGGUGCAUCUGAGCCGCGAAAUAUGGCAUACAUGAACCGUCUGGGAAUAUGGGGUGAAGGAACCCCAUUUAGGGAAUUCAGUGACUUUAUUCAGGCUGUUGAAAGAAGAGGUGUGGGUGCCAUGGAAAUAGUUGCCAUGGAUAUGAAACUGAGAGGAAUGUAUAUAGCAAGACAGUUAAGCUUUUCAGGUGUGACCUUCAAAAUUGAAGAAGUUCUGCUUUCACAGAACUACAUUAAAAUGUAUAAUAAAUCUGUGAAACUGUGGGUGAAUGCCAGAGAGAAAUUUCAACAAGCAGCUGAUCUUAUUGAUGCAGAGCAACGCAUGAAAAAGUCUAUGUGGGGUCAGUUUUGGUCAGCCCACCAGAGAUUUUUCAAGUACCUCUGCAUAGCAUCCAAAGUCAAAAGGGUGGUACAGCUAGCUAGAGAAGAAAUCAAGAAUGGGAAAUGUGUUGUUAUUGGACUACAGUCUACAGGAGAAGCAAGAACAUUAGAAGCCUUAGAGGAGGGUGGUGGAGAACUGAAUGACUUUGUUUCCACAGCAAAAGGAGUAUUGCAGUCUCUCAUUGAGAAGCACUUCCCAGCUCCUGACAGAAAGAAGCUUUUUAGUUUGCUGGGAAUAGAUUUGACUGCUCAAAGUAAUAACAAUUCACCUAGGGACAGUCCUUGCAAGGAGAACAAAAUAAAGAAACGGAAAGGUGAGGAAAUAACUAGAGAAACCAAGAAAGCUCGUAAAAUAAGUGGCCUAGCUGGGAGCAGUUCCGAUGAGAGUGAAAGCGACUCUGAUGCCUCAGACAAUGAAGAAAGUGACAAUGAGAGCUCUAAAUUUUUGAGUUCUGGAGAUGAUGAUGACUUCAACCCAUUCAGAGAUGAAUCUAGUGAGGACGAUGAAGAUGACCCCUGGUUAAUUAGAAAAGAUCAUAAGAAAAAUAAAGACAAGAAAAAGAAGAAAAGUAUAGACCCAGAUUCCAUUCAGAGUGCCUUAUUAGCUUCUGGUCUUGGAUCAAAACGACCUAGCAGUUUUUCUUCCGUUGCUGUUACCACUGCUUCUAGUACCAAUACAUCAGCUAACAGUAAUACUAACAGCAGCUUUGUAACAAGUCAAGAUGCUGUUGAAAGAGCCCAGCAGAUGAAAAAAGAAUUGCUUGAUAAACUGGAAAAACUAGCCGAAGACCUUCCUCCUAAUACUUUGGAUGAACUUAUAGAUGAACUAGGUGGUCCUGAGAAUGUGGCUGAGAUGACAGGCCGCAAAGGGAGAGUUGUAAGCAAUGAUGAUGGCAGUAUAUCUUAUGAGUCAAGGUCUGAACUUGAUGUGCCUGUUGAAAUUCUAAAUAUCACAGAAAAGCAGAGAUUCAUGGAUGGAGACAAGAACAUUGCCAUCAUCUCAGAAGCUGCCAGCUCAGGUAUUUCAUUACAAGCCGACCGUAGAGCUAAAAAUCAGAGGCGGAGAGUGCACAUGACUUUGGAGUUACCAUGGAGUGCAGAUAGAGCAAUACAGCAAUUUGGAAGAACUCACAGAUCAAACCAAGUUACUGCACCAGAGUAUGUGUUCCUAAUUUCCGAAUUGGCAGGAGAGCAAAGAUUUGCAUCUAUAGUUGCCAAAAGAUUAGAGAGCUUGGGAGCUCUCACUCACGGUGACAGAAGAGCAACAGAAACUCGAGACCUUAGCAGGUUCAACUUUGACAACAAGUAUGGCAGAAAUGCUUUGGAGAUAGUUAUGAAAUCCAUUGUGAAUUUAGAUUCCCCAAUGGUGUCCCCACCUGCUGACUAUCCUGGAGAAUUCUUUAAAGAUGUUCGGCAAGGAUUAAUAGGUGUGGGCCUAAUAAAUGUAGAAGACCGAUCAGGAAUUCUGACACUUGAUAAAGAUUACAACAAUAUAGGAAAAUUCCUGAAUAGAAUUCUGGGUAUGGAGGUUCAUCAGCAGAAUGCUUUAUUCCAGUAUUUCUCUGAUACGUUAAAUGCAGUUAUACAAAAUGCUAAAAAGAAUGGAAGAUAUGACAUGGGUAUUUUAGAUCUGGGCUCUGGAGAUGAGAAGGUCAGAAAGGCAGAUACUAAGAAGUUUUUAACUCCGGGAUACUCUACCUCUGGACAUGUAGAAUUAUACACAAUCAGUGUAGAAAGAGGAAUGUCUUGGGAAGAAGCAACUAAGAUUUGGGCUGAGCAAACUGGACCAGAUGAUGGAUUUUAUUUAUCUUCGCAAAUAAGAAAUAAUAAGAAAACUGCCAUCUUGGUAAAGGAAGUGAAUCCCAAAAAGAAGCUUUUCUUAGUAUACAGACCUAACACUGGGAAACAACUCAAAUUGGAAACGUUUGCAGACCUGAAAAAGAAAUAUAAGAAGGUACCUUCUGAAGAUGCUCUACCACAUUGGCUAGAGCAGUACAAUUCAUCGGCAGAUACCUGUACCCAUGCUUAUUGGAGAGGCAAUUGUAAGAAAGCAAGCCUUGGAUUAGUUUGUGAAGUGGGCCUCCGCUGUCGAACUUACUUCGUCUUGUGUGGUUCAGUACUAAGUGUCUGGACAAAAGUGGAAGGAGUUCUAGCCUCUGUGAGUGGUACAAAUGUGAAAAUGCAAAUAGUUCGGCUAAGAGCAGAAGAUGGACAGAGGAUUGUAGGUUUGCUCAUUCCUGCAAAUUGUGUAUCACCCCUUGUAAACCUCCUGUCAACAUCAGACCAGUCUCAACAGCUUGCAGUACAACAGCAGCAGAUAUGGCAGCAGCAUCACCCACAGAGCAUCACCAACUUCAACAAUGCUUAAGAGGACAGACUACAGGUGUUGACUUUGGUGUUUUGAGAAAAGGCUGUAAAAGCAUAUCACUUGCAUAAAAAUCAGGGACAGAUUCCAAAGAAAUAUAAUUUUUUCAGUUCAGUUGUGUGGUCUCAGAAGUACUUUGGGAAUAAAGAGAUACAUAAAGGAUGGUAGAACUGAAAGCCAGCAGUUGCUUAUGGUGGUGCAUCUGUCUAUGCUCUUUGUAGAGCUUCCUGUUUGCUUUUACUUUUGGCCUUUUAAGCCACAAACCACAAUUUUUGUUUGAAAAUGCUUGAAAAUUCCCAAACAGGCUUUAUUUUUAUCUUGUCAUACAGUGCUCAGGGUUUAACGCAGUACAUCAAUGCCAUUGCUGUGGGAGAUAACCUCGAAUGCAUGUAUUGAGUAUAUAUAGAAAAUAUAUAUUGGGUUUUUUCUCUUCAACUUGUAAGUUUAUAUAAGCAUGAAAACUAGAGAUUCACAUCAUGCAUUCAUUCAGGUUCCUUCCCAGUUUCUGUUUGACAGUGCAUGUCUUUGGAAACAGGCAUGAACAGGAUAAACACCCCAGUCAAGAAUUCCGAGAGAAACAAUCUUAGUUGUACAGCAUUGGUUUUUGCAUUUUUAUAGUGUUUAUACCCAAGUAUUGCAUUUUUUCUGGUUCUCUCCUGGAGGUUAUAUAUUUGAGUCUGCAACAUGUUUUUUGUGAUAAGCAUCUUAAAUUAAAAAGUUACUUCAUUUUAAUGUAUUAAUGGUAUUCCUAAUGUGUAAUGCAAAGAUGGCUAAAAGCCUUUCCUUUAAAAUUAAAAUAUUUCCUUAAUCCGAGGUGACUAUGGAAACUAAGUGCAAAUUCACUUCCACCUCUCAUGCAAUCUUAUAUUUUUUACUUCAUUAAUGUAAUUUAAUUUGUCAUUUGUAAGAUGAAACCUUACUUGAGCUGUAAAUUAGACAAUGGGGAAACUCUUGAGGGUUCCGCUAUAUGUGCUGUUUCUGUUACCCAGUAACUUGAAUACUGUUUAAUAUGUUGUAAGACAUUGUAGAGUUUAUCUGGAGCUGUUUAAAAGAAAUUGUAAUGUACAAAUGUGAAUAGUCACUUAUCUAUAAUAUGGGUAAGUUUUGUUUUGCCUAUAAUAGUAGAUGUUUAUAAGAAAGUGAAGGACAAUGUUUGUCAUUUCUUGCUUGCACAGGUUGCACUAUUGAAAAAUUGAGAUUGUAUAAACCUGUCCAAAAAACUGCAAGAUACCAGAAUCUUGUAGAUGUCAAAUAAAACGUUAUUGUACUAACAAAACUGGAGUCUUGUUUAGGCAAUCACUGUAUUCCAAAAAACUAACAAGUCUAGUUUGGCAUUCAACAAGACUUGAAUGGUCCAGCCUACUUAAACUAGUCUUCUGUCUUAUGGUCCAUAUCAGUCUUUAAGUUGAACUAGUUAGUAUCUGAGACCAGCGAUAAACUCUAUACUGAACUUCAGUAUAUAUUUUACAAGUAAAGAUUGUGCUGUAAGUACAGUAAAGAUAAGGGUAAAGGGUUGACCUGAUGGAGACUUAGUGCUGUGAUCCAUUGUAGUGCCUGCCUCAUUUCCUUAAACAUUUACUCAGUGGACCAGAUUCUGAUGUCUCAGUGAUGUAAAUCUGGGAUAACUAUGGAACUGAGAUCGGAAAUAGACCUAAUAACCUUAUUUUUAACUCCAUUAGGUAAAUGAUCAGUGUGAAGUCCCGUUAUUGCACUAGUAUUACACAUGCAGCACUAAUAUAGGAAGAGCUCAUGAAUCUGGGGGGAAUUGUGUGUGUGCAGGAAGUUCCAUGUUUUAUUCAGCCAGCAAUUGAACAAACUGAAAUGCAUUUUGAAAUAAAGACUUGUAACUACAA